ACACACACAGCCUACCGCCCACCCAAUGGAAAGAGUUCAAAGACUAGUGAGUGGCUGACACACAUAUUAUGCAUGACAGUCACAGGUAAAUUAUUACCCGGAAGUCCCAGGUAGAGUAUAAACUUUGCAUGAGGCUCAACAAUACACCACUGACUAGCCGUAUCACCUCUUACUGUACUACAAACAUCCUUCCCUCCUCUGUGAAGAUGUCCAGCUCUGUAACAACCACCACUAACGGGGUGGUGGUCAUCACCCAUGUACCCCCUACUGGAAACGAGAUGGGGGUCGCGGGGGUUGCUUCUGCCCCUCACUGUUUGGGACAGACGGUCUACUCAGCGCUGGGAAGUUUUCGGGCGGGGCAUCCAAAAGCGCUGGGGACCGUACAGAUCAUGAUUGGUUUGCUGAUGCUGUUGACAGGAAUCGUGAUGGCUACAGGACCACAAGUAGACAAUAUUGGAGUAUUUAGUGGAAUAUUUGUCUGGGGAUCUAUCAUUUAUGUCAUUGCAGGCUCUCUAACUGUUGCUGCUGACAACAAACUGAACAAAUGUCUGGUGAAAGGCUCCCUGGGAAUGAAUGUUGUUGCCACGGUUACUGCUGCUACUGGCAUCAUCCUCUAUUCUUUAGACAGUGCUGGGAUCCUCUUAUACAACUACUCCUGUGGCUAUCCAGACUAUCCUUCAUACUACCCUCCAUACAAUGUCUGUCAACAGUAUUGGGUCAGGUCCCAGGGAAUUUCAGGUGUUCUGACUGUUUUCUCCGUGCUGGAGUUUAUAGUGUCCAUCUGUGUCUCAUCAUUCGCCUGCAGAGCUGUCUGCCAGUGCUGCCGUUCCACCCCUGAGCAAGUGUUCAUCAUUGGGAAUCAAAUACCGGUACCUCAUGGCAGCAUGACUCCAAGCAACGCACCUUUCCCUCCUCAGAACAACUACGAGACUGUGAUCUACCCAAAGGGUACUGAGGGAGACGGUAUGGGUACAGGGUUUCAACAGAACCCCCUGCCCCCACUAUACACUGCUGCCAUCCCUUGAGAAUUGGGCCUCCGUGAAUACAUUGCACAUUUUCUUGUUGAAAUUGUGUUCUCUCUGCCUAUUUUUCGGAUCCAAGCCAGGCAAUGGUUAGCACCACAUCACUGAUCUGAAUAAUUUGACAGUUAAAUAUUGAUAGUGUAUUGUAAUGCAAUGUUUCAGUAUAAUGUUUAGGUUACUAUAUUGUUGAUUUUAUAACUUCACAUUUUUGUAAUUUCUCUAUUUUUUUAAUUGAUAAUAAUGUAAAAGUCAUGUAUAGUACAUUUAUUUAUCAACUAAAAUCAACCACUGCUAUAUGACAAAAUAUGAUGAUGAGGCAUCACUUUUUAAAUAAAACAUACAAUAAAAUA